AUGAAGAGUGGGAAUGGACUGGAGACUGUCACUGCACCAACAUUCAAGCCCCAACGGCCCCUGAUCCAGCGUGUGCUGAGCGCGACAUUUGUCACGCUUGUGAUUCUUGCUGGUUUGGACACUGUCUUUCCUGAUGCAAAGCAUUGCUUAACUCCAACCUCAUGGAGCAGUGUCUCGCAAUCUUCGGGCACUCAUGCUCUAUUAGAGCCCUUUGACUGGUCCCAGAUCGAAUCGAAAGAUUACUUGGACUUUCAUGAUUGCAACGAGGGUUUUCAGUGUGCAAAGUUGCGCCUGCCCCUCGAUUACUUCAACGGAACAUAUCCCAAUGCAACUGUAAGCAUUGCCAUUGCGAAGUAUGCUGCAAGAGUUCCUGUGAAUGAUCCCCGUUAUGGCGGCCCUAUUCUCUUGAAUCCCGGUGGCCCAGGAGGUGCAGGAGCUCUGUUCGCCUUCUUGGUGGCAAGUGCUUUACAGCAAGUCGUCGACUCUAGCAGCCAUCCUUCAGACGCCCUACCUGAGGCAAAGUACUACGAUGUCAUCGGGUUUGACCCUCGCGGAAUCGGCAUGUCUGAGCCUCUUGCAAAGUGCAUGCCAUCUGAGCCUUCAGCAUGGUCUUGGGAGCUGAGGGAGAACAAUGAAGGUAUCCUAGGUAGCUCAGAUGCUGUGCAGGGGAGACUUUGGUCUAUGACACAUGCCUUUGGAUCGUCUUGUUCGAUAGCUUCGGAAGAUGCAGAUGGUCCUGACAUCAAGCAAUACAUGUCGACGGCAUCUGUGGCGCGAGACAUGCUCGAGAUCACCGAGAAGCAUGCAGAGUACGUCGCCGAGCAACGAGCGCACCUAGCAGCUCAGAAGACGGGUAAGGCUCUAGGGGGCCAUGAUACUGGAUACAGACCAGGAGAAUCCAAGCUGCAGUACUGGGGAUUUUCAUACGGAACCUUCCUCGGGACUACCUUCGCCUCCAUGUUCCCAGACCGAGUAGGACGUGUUGUACUCGACGGCGUGGUGAGCUCGUAUGACUAUCUGGAUUCUCUGGGCAAUGGCAGUCUAUCAGAUAGCGAAAAAGCCAUGGAAUCCUUCUACACCUUUUGCCACGAAGCCGGCCCAUCCAGCUGCGCACUAGCAACGCCAGAUGGAUCCGCAGUCCAAGUGAGAGUGCGAGUCCAAAAAAUCAUCCAGUCAUUAUACCACGCCCCGCUGUCAAUCAGCACUCCACGCGGCCCAGAGAUCCUCACAUGGUCCGACGUCAAGACCCUCAUCUUCAGCAGCCUGUACACACCCCGCGCCACUUUCCCCUUCCUCAGCACCCUCCUCGCAGCCGUCGAAACAGGUGGAACUCCCUUUCUCGACUUCCUCGUCGACGCAAACCCAUUCCCCCACAUCUACUCGUGUCCCGUCAACGGUACCUUCCCCUCCUACACCAACAACCCGCACCGCAACGUCGCCACCACCGCCAUCCUCUGCGGCGAUGGCCACGACCAAACCCGCCUCUCCCUCCCCGCCUUCUCUACCCACUGGCACACCAUGGCCUCCAGCUUCCCCACCGCAGGCGCCUACUGGUCCAUGCUGAAGCUGCGCUGCGCCGCCUGGCCGAUCCACGCAUCCCACAGCUUCCGCGGCCCCUUUGGCGCACCACAGACAAGCCACCCGCUCCUCUUCCUCGCCAACACCGCCGACCCCGUCACCCCGCUCCGCUCCGCAAACCUCAUGCACCCCUUCUUCCCCGGCAGCGCCCUCGUCGUCACAGACGCCCAGGGCCACUGCUCCCUCGCCACACCCUCCACCUGCACACUCGCCCACGUGCAAACUUACUUUCAAACAGGCAACCUGCCGCCCAAAAACACCCUCUGCGUCCCCGAAAACAGUCCCUGGAGCCUGAAUUCCACCGACCCAGAUAGCCCUUUUUACGAUCCUGAACUUGGCGGGUGGGAUGCCGUGACGCUGACACAGAUGCGUGAGCAGCAUGGGCAAGACCGACUUGCUAGACUAUCUACACUUGGCGCAGAUAUUCGCGACAUAAUCGUGCGCACUGGUGUCUUUGGCUUCGAGUCGCUUUUUCGCUCGAGGAUGGGGCGUGGGCUCGUGGGGGUUUGA